AUGUCGUACCAACCACCACCCGAGGACGAGGGGCUAGCUUAUGGAGACGACUACUCUCAGUCCCGCGGAAGUGGUCAGAGCGGCACAGAUCGAUCAGUGAUCGGGGACACCUUCAAGAAGCUCAAGUCUGGUUAUGACAAGUACAAAACCUCCUCGUCGGGCUCAAACUAUGGAUAUUCGUCUCCGGGUUCCAACCAAGCUUACUACGGCCAACAAGGUCAAAAUGCCACCUCUGGGUCCGGGCAGCCAUCAUACUACGGGCAGCAGGGCCAGAAUCAAAACUCACAACAGUCGUACUACAGCCCACCAGGAUCAUCUGCUGGGCAGCCGGCCUACCCAGGUGGACCUCCCACUCAACAGCCUCAAGGAAAACCGGACAUUGCGACAAAGUUGUUUGGUGUUCUGCAGAAUACAGUUCAGAACAUAGGCUCUGAUGUUCAACAUUUGAUUGACCCCAGUCACAAACCGCCUACGCAAUAUGGUAACCAGCCUCCUGGACAAGCCGGCUCUACCUAUGCCAGUGUACCCUCAGGUCCCGACCAGCCCGCCGUCAGGAAUCGAUACGAUGCGUUUGCUUCCGAGAAGCCCGGCAACGAUGUGAAGUGGUAUGUGGAUGGGUGCGGAUACUUCUGGGCUGUCAGUCAAGCUCUGGAAGCGGCGAAGCAUUCUAUCUGGAUCCUGGACUGGUGGCUGUCUCCUGAACUAUAUCUCCGCCGACCGCCAUCCCAGAACGAGCAGUGGCGACUCGACCGAACUCUCCAGCGAGCUGCGCAACGCGGUGUCAAGGUCCGUAUCAUUGUUUACAAGGAAGUUACACAGGCGUUGACGCUGUCAUCAGCUCACACCAAGCAUGAGUUGGAAAAGCUGUCACCCAACAUCUCUGUUUUCCGCCACCCUGACCACCUCCCCGACGCUCAAACUACUCAGUCGUCCUUGAUCUCUUCGUUUCAAGGUCUUAAGCUCGAUGCUGCGGGCGUUUCCAAGCUUGGUGCAGAUGCUCUGAAAGGAAUCUAUGGAAUUACGGACGACGUCAUCCUUUAUUGGGCGCACCACGAGAAACUCUGUCUUAUUGAUCGUGACGUUGCCUUCAUGGGCGGCCUCGAUCUUUGCUUUGGGAGGUGGGAUACAAAUCAACAUGCCAUUGCCGACGUCCACCCUUUGAACGUGAACGACACAGUCUUUCCUGGCCAGGACUACAACAAUGCCCGGGUGAUGGACUUCAGCGAUGUCGCAAACCCAUUUCAGAACAAGCUUGAUCGCACGACCAGCUCGAGAAUGGGCUGGUCUGACAUUGCAAUCUGCCUGCAAGGACCCUCCGUCGCUGAUCUUUGCCACCAUUUUAUUGACCGCUGGAAUUUUAUCUAUGACGAGAAAUAUAAUGUUCGGCAAGACCAGCGUUACUACCGGAUAGCGGACGAUUAUUCCCAUACGACGUCCGGCCCGGGGCAAAGACCGCAGUCCAAGUCGCAGCAACAAUCACAGCAUGGACAGAUGCAGCCGCAGCAACAAACUUCAAGCUAUCUUCAACCACCGGCUCCAGGGGGUCCGUUCCCUCCCCCUCCGGGAAGUCAACCCUACAGUCCACCUGCGUGGCAUAGCACUAGUAGACCGCAUACACCUGUCGGAGAUGUAUACCAGCCUCAGCCGAGUACCAGCCCGGGGGUUAGCCCAUCGAUGCAGUCGGCGACGGCGUAUUCUUCAGGCACACCUUCGAAUUAUGCCCAACCUGUAACGGCGGUUGCUCAAGCUCAGUACCAGACCUCACCGCCUCCCGCUUCUGGCAAUUACAGCCAACCGCCAAAUCCCUACUCACAGCAGAGCUUCCCUCCUCCGCCGCCAGGCCCCCCGCCACAAUCGAUCGCAGGAAUGACAGCAACCUACUCAGGAUAUCAGCCGUCCGCAAGUCCUGACACACAGCAAGGGUAUGCGCCAUACAAUCAGGGUGUUACCGAGUUAUCUUCUCAGCCAGGUUCAGGUCAGCCGUAUCAGCAUCAAACAUACCAACAGGCUGGGUCCGAGCAAAGCCGCGGCUUUGAUGACUACGAACAAGAGCAGAAUCGAGGCUAUGGUGGGUUUGGCUAUGGCAAUGAGAAUGAACAUGGCUACUCAGGAGAGCGAGGUUUGCGUGACCGAAUCCACCAAUACAAAGACCAGGGUAGAAGAUUUGAACAGGAAUUGUCGUCUGUUGGCAACAAAGUGUCCACUGAGUUCGGCGGACGCUUCGGCAAAUACAUGGGCGGCUUUGAGCAAGGUGGACGUCCCUACAAUGCACCUCGCGGUCCCAUGACAUGCCAGGUGCUCCGGAGCUGUACCACAUGGAGUAACGGAACACCGUUGGAACACUCGAUUCAGAAUGCUUACAUCGAUGUCAUUCGAAACAGCCGGCAUUUUGUCUACAUCGAGAAUCAAUUCUUUAUAACGGCGACGGGAGACAAACAGCACCCUGUCAAGAAUUUGAUCGGACAAGCUCUUGUUGAGCGCAUAUUGCGCGCCGCUCAGAAUGGCGAAAAGUACAAGGUGAUUGUGGUAAUUCCAGCAGUGCCAGCAUUUGCCGGCGAUCUACAGGACGAUGCCUCAUUAGGGACUCGUGCGAUAAUGGAAUUCCAGUACAACAGCAUCAACCGGGGUGGUGAGUCGAUCAUGGAAAAGAUUGCACAGGCAGGUUUCAACCCGAUGGAUUAUAUCCGCUUUUACAACUUGCGAAACUACGAUCGGAUCAAUUGUAACAAUUCGAUGCGUCUGGCCGAGCAAGCAAGCGGAGUCAGUUACGAAGAAGCACGGAAGCAACACGGCGAUGUUGUUGGAGCUGGAUAUGGACCACAGGGCUAUGGCACUGGCGCAACCCAGCCUUCUCAAGCGCCACAAUAUCAACAAUACCAAACAGCAGCACAGGGAAUUCAGUCUGUGGACGGCCGUUGGGACACAGUUUCUCAGUGCUACAUGCUUGGAGGUCAAGACAUCCGCACCGUUCCGUGGGAUGGGCCACCCGAAGAGGAACUUGAUGCCUUCGUUAGUGAAGAGCUGUAUAUUCAUUCAAAGUGUCUCAUCGCAGAUGAUCGCAUCGUAAUUUGUGGUUCAGCAAACUUGAACGACCGCAGUCAGCUCGGCUCCCACGAUAGCGAGAUUGCAUUGCUGAUCAAUGAUCCUACUCCAGUCCAGACCUACAUGGCGGGCCGACCAUACACAGCCAGUCGCUUUGCUGCUUCCUUGAGACGGCACUUAUUCCGCAAGCACCUUGGUCUUGUCCGCCCACAAGAUUUCCAGAGACCUGAUCCAAACUUUGAUCCGGUUGGAGUACCAAACAUGUACGACUGGGAUAGCCCAGAGGACAACGUUGUCUCUGAUCCUCUGAGCGACACCUUCCAAAGUCUGUGGAACACUCGCGCCCGUACGAAUACCGAAGUGUUUCGUAAAGCCUUCCGAGCAGUCCCGGAUGAUUAUGUUACUUCUUGGGCAGAAUACAAGGAGUUCUACGGGUACUACUACCAUGCUGCCGAUCAAAAAGACGGCAACAAGGCUAGUCGAGUGCCACCACGCGUUCAAUAUGGACAUGUCGUUCGAGGAGACUUCCCAGGCGGAGUUGGAGAACUAAAAGAGUUGUUGAGCCAGGUCAAGGGUACAUUGGUAGAGAUGCCAUUGUGCUUCUUGCAAAAUGAGGAUAUCGCCAAAGAAGGCCUUAGUCUCAAUGCCUUGACCGAGCAGCUUUACACCUGA